UAGACGUAAGAUGUUGAAGAGCGAAACCCAAAUUCAGUAGUAUUAUACAGUCAAAUAGAAUAUAAUUUAACUGUUGGGAAUUAAUAUUUAUGUACUUUUGAAAUUCUAAAUUAUUUCACUAUUAUUCAAGUACUAAUCGCAUAUUUCAUUUAAAACUAAUAAUGCUUCAGUUAUAAAAUAUAAAAAAAUCGAAAUCAGAAUGUUUGAAUGGGCUUACAGUGGAGCUAAUAAAGCUGUACCAAGAAAUGUGGGCCCCGAAUGUGCAUAUUUUUUAUCAACACAACGAAAAAUAAUUGAAACAAUUAUUGUGACAAGUGUUUGUAUAUAUUUUAUUGUUAAAACAUAUCCAAAGUUAAACAUUCCAAAUGAAGAUUCAUAUGUUAAAAGUGACAGAGGUGGGAAGAGAUUACUAGUGAUUUUACUUGCCUUACUAUGGGGUAUGGAAAUUGGUUUCAAAUUUGCAUCACGAACUGUAAUAUACUUAUUGAAUCCAUGCCAUGUUACUACAUUAAUUCAAAUAUACUUGUUGUCUGCGCCACCUAGUAAAACAGUUACAACUCUGUUUAGAAUUCACUUAAAUUUGCUAAAUGGACCACUUUUAGCUUUUCUCUUUCCAGAGACUGCGUCAAGAACUAUACUUGCAGAAGCUGCACUGUAUUGGAUACAACAUGGAAUGAUGUUUGUGAUACCAUAUUAUUUGCUCAGAAUUGGUGGUGUUUAUAACAUAGAGCCCUUUUGGGACUUCAAUUGGGCUAUAUUUAGUUAUUCUCUUAAUCUGCUAUAUCACUUCAUUAUUUUACAAAUAAUUGCCAUACCAGCACAAGUUAACCUUAACCAUAUGCUGUGUCCAGCAAUAUUAGAUCCAUUUGAUGGUGCCUGGUAUCGCAUAGCUGCAGUAUUACAUCAAGCUAUUUUGUGCCCUAUGUUAUGCAAACUGUUUUGCCUUAUGGCAGAAUUUUGCUUGACAAAGUUUCCACCUACAAAAGUGAAACCAAAGAUGAAGGAUAAUUUGUUAGAUAAUAUCUUAGAACAUAAAGAACACGUUGAAUAAAAGAUAUGAAACGGUAUAAAACAAUAAAUUGUUCUGAUAAAAUUUCACUACAUCCAUUUUGUGGAGGUUAAUCAUAAUGUGAUAUUUGGCAAAGCCUAUAUGUUCAGCACAUGAUAGUUACAAGAUUUAGAAAUGCGCUAAAUUUUUUAUUUAAAUAGAAAUGCGCUUGAUUGCUUUCAAUUUCGCACAGAGAUCUUUGUUUGAUGACAAAAACAUUUCACAAUUAAAAUGUUGAGCCAUA